AUGGAUGUCAAAGUUAUGGAUGCAGAGUCUGGAGUCAAGGCUUCGAUGCCCUCCCCCCGACGAGGGUGGGUGAAUGCGCCGCUCAACCAGCUGCCGAACAAGUCUGACGCUAUCAGGAAUUUCAGCCCCAGCCUGUACAUAGCGUCCACGUGCACGGGGCUCAUCGGCAUCCUCAUCGACGUCAGCCCGUACCUGGGCAGGGGUUGGGCGGUGCCGACCGCCUGGGCAUUCUGGUGGCUCAGCCUCCUGCAAUUCACUGGAGUAACUGUCAUGAUCCUGCUGAGGGUGACCAGGUUCUGGGGCAGCAUCGCUUCCCUGCCCAGCAGCAAGUCGGUGGACCUGUUCUUCUUUGGCGCCGUGGCCAUAUCCGUGGCCAUCCUGUCGGAGGGCUUCGUGCGAUACAUGACGCACUACUUUGGCAGCGGCUUCCUGGUCGCCGGCCCUGCGCUCUGGUGGGCCACCGCGACCAUCACCGUCCUGCUCAACGUGGCCCUCCCCUUCCUGGCCAUCCAGGCGCACUCCCGGGAGCUGCCGGAGGUGCUGCCCAUCUGGAUCGUCGCGUUUGUCCCCGGCGUGGUCACAGGAUCCGUGGGGCCCAUCAUGGCAAGCGUCCUCACCGACCUCUCUAUGGCGCGCCACAUGAUCUACAUGAGCUACAUCCUGGUGGGCCUGUCCUUUCCCAUGGUGUUCAUCAUGCUGACCAUUGUGGUGAUGCGGCUCCUCUUCCACGGCCUUCCCCCCCCCCCGCUCAUCCUGAGCCUCUUCUUCCCCGUGGCGCCACUCACCCUGAUGGGGGACGCCCUGGUCGAGCUGGCGCACGGCUCCAUCCACGCCUUCCCGCAGGACAGCCUUUUAAACCCGUUCUUCAAUUUUGCACACCCCGGCCUCACCUCGGCGCUGAUGGCGGGGGGUCUUUUCUUCUUCGGCGCCGCCGUGUGGUGGGCCCUGUUUGCCGCGCUGGCGGCGGUCGUGGUGGCCGCUCGCCGCCGUGGCCUGGCCUACACGGUGGCCUGGUGGGGCAGCGUCUUCCCGCUGGGGCUGCUGGGACUCACUGCCCUACGCCUGGGCACGCUGCUGGACGUGGCCGCGCUGGAGGUCGUCGGCACCGUGCUGUCUAUCUCCACGGCCGUCAUGUGGCUCACCUGCUCCCUCAUGCUGGCCGCCCGCAUCUGGGACGGGUCCAACUUUGCGCGGGCACUCUGA